AUGGGCGAGCCUGCUCCGGCCGAAUCGCGGCCGUGCACUCUCUUCGACGACAGCGCCACCACGCACGGCCGCCGCCUCUUCGUCUUGCCAGAUUGGGCAAAGUCCCUCAACAACACGCGCUAUCGACAGCAGAUUUGGUGCAGCGGCUCACAAGCUUGCGCCAUGAGCUGCCUGACGUUCGUGCACGUGGGUAAGAGCGGCGGGACCACCGUCGCCACGUGGCUGCAGCGCAGCGACGUUUCAUUCUCGCAGUAUCAUUCAUAUCAUUCAUCCGACGUUUCAUUCUCGCCGCGGGAGGAUGCGUCAUAUCAGUACAUCGUGUGGGUGCGCGAUCCGGUCGAGCGCUUCCGGUCAGCGUACGAGUGGCAACGAGGCGUCAUAGAAACCAACGUCACUGGCCUGUCGAACGAGACGUUCUGCGAGCUCGGGCCAGCGUGUUUAGAGCCGUUCAAGGUGCGCGUAAAGGUCCGCACCGGCCACGCUUACAGCCGCUUUCCGAAUGGCACGACGUGGGAGGCGUGGAUGCUCCACUUUGACGACGCCAACCACCUGGCCGAGAGCUUAUCCAAGGCGGACGAGGACGGUGAGAUCGCUCGUCGGCUGCUGCGCUCGCCCAUUGAGCACCUGCACAAGGGCCUUGGCUGGUACCUCGACAAUGGCAUUUUUGUCGAGCGGCAUCGCGCGCGCCUGUUUGUGGGUCGCGUUGAGACCUUUGAGCACGACGUUGCGCGCCUCGCGCACGCUUUGCGCCUGCCGUGGCCGUCGUCAGUGUAUGCCAGCGUCUCGCUCGCCGAGCGGCGCAGCUCGGCGGCACGGCCGGCGCUGAUGAGCGCACAGGCGGUCGCGAAUGUGCGCCGAGCCUAUGAUCGGACCGACUUCGAGGCGCUGCGCACGCUCGUGCGCGCCGGCCUGCUGGCUGCCGAUGCUUACGACCUCUCCCCACCGGCCGACGGGCUGGACCUCGAGGCCUUUGUGAGGGCGACCGUGCGCGUCGCGCCCGACGCGGCACCGCCGUCAUCGGUGCGGCUCGAGACGGCCGACGCGGCUCGAGACGAGCGUUGGCCGAGCGCGGCGGCCGGCGCCGUGGCGGUCGGCGCUGUGGCGGUUGUCGUGCUGGCGCUCUCUGCGAGUGCGGCAGCGGUGACCCGCUCGUGGCGGCGCCAUGGCAGGGCCAGGUUUGCGCACACGAGCUUGUGGUAG